AUGGUUGCUUUUGUUGAAUUAUUUCUAUUCUUAUUCAUGUUGAUACCUCGAAUCAAAAGUGAACAACGGCAGUGUCAAGCGAUCACUUAUUAUGAAUGUAAAAAUAUUGGUUAUAAUCAAACGUAUCUGCCAAAUAAGUUCAAUCAUCAAGAUCAAAAAGACGUAGCACUUGUGAACAAUGUCAAUAAAACAUAUGUUAUCAUUCCUAUUGUUCAGUUAAAGAUCAAUCAAUUCACAGCGUUAAUUGCUGUUGGAUGUUCACCGGAACUUCGUUUUCUUCUUUGCUCAAUCUAUAUGCCGUUAUGUUUAGCUAAUUACUCAGAUUCAAUUCCACCAUGUCGUGAAGUCUGUGAACGCGUUCGUCGACCAUGCGAGUCCUUCUAUACGCGAUACGGUUUCAUCUGGCCAGACGCCUUGAAGUGUGAACAAUAUCCAUCGAGUACAGAAAAUGCCAUUUGUAUGGAUCCGAAAAAGGACGAAAUGAAAUCAUCGUCAUCAUUACGACUUCCAUCACGCCCGUCAAAAUCUUGCUGUCAAUGUAAUACAUCAGUCGGUUAUCGUCUUGUCGACGAAGAUGAAUAUUCUACAGUGAAGAAAUGUUUACCACCAUGUCGUUCGGCAUAUUUCUCUGAUUCGCAAUCGAUUUCCAUUAUGAAUAUUUGGUUAAUUAUACUGAGUAUAAUGUGUGCGAUUUCAUGUACAUUUGUUCUAUUAACAUUUUUCCUCGAUAUGACACGAUUCAAAUAUCCACAACGACCAGUUAUAUUUUUAUCUCUAUGUUAUUUCUUUAUUUCCUGUGGUUAUUUAAUACGUUUGAUACUAGGACAUGAAAAUGUCGCAUGCCGAUCAGAUAAUAAAAUUGAAAUAUCCUAUACUCAACUUGUACGAGUGUCUGGUCCAUCAAGUUGCGCGUUCGUAUUUGUUUUAACUUACUUUUUCGGUAUGGCAUCCUCGAUUUGGUGGGUCAUAUUAACUUUAACAUGGUUUCUUGCCGCUGGUUUCAAAUGGUCGUCAGAAGCAAUAGCACAUUAUUCACAUUACUACCAUUUGAUCGCUUGGUUAUUGCCGUGUUUACAAACAGUGGCGAUUCUAAUAUUGAAAGGUAUUGAUGGUGAUCCAAUAAGCGGCAUUUGUUAUGUUGGACAUACUGAUUCUUCGAUGUUACGUGGAUUUGUUCUUUUGCCGUUGAUAUCAUUCUUAACUAUUGGAACCAUAUUCUUGUUAGCUGGAUUGAUUAGUCUUAUGCGUAUUCGAAAUGUCAUUAAAGUUCAAGAUCGAAGUAAAACAAGUAAAUUGGAGAAAUUGAUGGUACGCAUCGGUCUUUUCUCCAUUCUUUAUACAGUUCCAGCAACGUUUGUUAUCGGCAUAUAUUUCUAUGAAUUACGUUAUCGUUCACUAUGGGAGGAUAACCUUCAUUGUGGCAAAUGUCCUCGUUUACUCUCGGAAUCGUACUCGUCUUGGACAGUUCAACCAAGCUUCACGAUUUAUAUGUUAAAAUACUUUUUCUCGUUGAUUGUUGGUAUUGUUACUGGUAUAUGGAUAAACUUCAAUCGAAAAACGUUCUUCACAUGGAAAAGAUUUUUAUGCUGUCAGCCGACGAACAAUUCGAAUGAACAUCGUCAAACGAAAAAACAUCGUCAACGGUAUGGAACUCAACGAACACGUGAUGAUUUCGGUAUCAAUUAUUCGUAUAGACAUACGAAAAUCAAUGGAAGUAAAUAUUCACUUCCAUCAACCAAGCAAGUGCCCUUAGCGCAUGUGUAA